AUGCACCUGUUCAUGGAUGACUGUACGGUCGAAGACGACGAGCGUGACGGUGACGACUCCUCUACCAACCCAAAUGCCGAAAACCUUCGGCGUAUUCCACUUGUUGACCUCAUACCCUCAUUAAGCGAGCAGCAAAAAAUCUUCACACUACUCAACGAAAUGAAUGCUUUUGACGUGAUAACAUGCCGGCUUCAACGUAAGGAUAUGACAGUUACUACCGUGCACGACAUCUUCGAUGUUGUUUUGGAUGACUAUGGUGAUAUCGAUUACUAA